AUGUCCGCCCUGACUUCUGUCUGGUGGCCUGAGGAUCGCGUCAAGGCGACUAUCUGCCCGGACUUUGUUUUCAAGCACCUUCCGCCAGCCACGUUGCCCCGCCUUGUGGCUCCCCUGCCAUGGGGCGAGGGUCUGACGAGUGAGACCUACCUUGACUGGAUCCUUGCCAAAGCUGGAAGACUAUUCCUAAUUCUGCUUGAUAUUGGCAUACCUGGGCGCAUAUUUCACCUGGUAGACGAGUCAUUUGACGACAAUGACCUCCCCAUUGCCGCUCACAGUGUCGACCGACUGCAGCUAUCUCAGGAUCCAGAUGCGGAACUGGAUUCCAAGUUCUUCCUGGCUCAAUGGCGAUUUGUCGUGCGGGGCAUUGGCGAAGGCGAGCACGUCAAAUAUACCGAAAACGAAGGCGUUCCGGUUGAAGUUCUGCAAACGGGAACAACACUGGUGAAGGAGGGUGUCGAAAGGGUCGUCUUGGCUGGCGCGGUCUGCAAGAUCUACUUGCGAACCCAGGUGACUGUUGGAGGUGCGCCACACUUCUUCGAAGAGGACGAAGUCCUCGAGGAGAUUCGAUCGAUGAGAAGGCUGGCCCACGACCAUGUCUACUCCAUCUACGCAUCCUACUUUGCCGACGACUCUGUAUGCAUUCUCUUCUCAGGAGUGUAUGAAAGGAACCUCAUGUCCUUUCUCUCCGACACGCCUCAAGCUUUCAAGAAGCUUGCUAAAGAGCGGCGGCGAGAAAUAUUAGUCAAUUGGCCGCACUGCCUUGCGCAUGGUCUGUCCUGGCUGCAUGCUCAUGGGCAGGUCCACGGCCUGAUCCGCCCUUCGAAUAUUCUUAUUGAUGCUGACUUCAAGGUCUUCAUCGGCCAGUUCGAAGCUUUGGAUACGUUACUUCCUCCGGUCAAGGUGGACGAUAUUGAAGCCUAUCAGUACGGUUCGCCGGAGAGGUGGGUGCGCUCGAUCAGCGUCCAGAACAGCGGCCCUACAGGCAGCACCCUUCCAUCAGGAGGACGGACGGGUCGCAAGACUGGCGAACGCCCGAGGCUCAAUUUGUCCCGCCUUAGGAGCUUACAUAUCUCGGAUCCUGACGCAAUGAGCCCCCCUGCUGAGUCGGUCGCUUCGCAUGGCACCGUUAUCCGUGUUGGUAACCAAGAGUCGUCCCGAUAUUCCAUCGGCUUUUCUUCGUCUUCUGGAUCUAGCAAUGGAAGCUCUGGUCGCAAGCGUGGCAUUUCGAUGAAACGGCCCAUACUUUACAGCCCGUCUAUUACGUCUUCCAACGGUUCAGGUUCUUCGGAAGAGCAGAGGUCUAUCAUUUUCAACUCCGUCGGACUUCCCACUGCACAUACUGGCGGCGGAGCAUUGGUUCAAGUAUGGCAAUCACGACAAACUGACCCAGAAGCAUCCGACAUCUUCUCGCUCGGCGCCGUGUUCCUGGAUAUCUUCACCUAUCUCUGCAAACGGAAAAUCUCCUCUUUCUCCAGUCAUCGAGGUGCAAAGAAUCGAACGGCUGGCCGAGGCGGCGGUGUCGCAGACUGCUCCUUUCAUUUAGAUCGAAAUAUGGGCCAAGUGAGCUCAUGGAUUACUCUGCUAGACAGCGACGCGAAGAAGCGCAAAGACCCCGUUUUUCAAGCCGUCCGCCCAAUGCUCGCAAUGUCGCGAGACAUGGUAAGCCGAGAGCCGGGCGACAGGCCGUCUGCCUUUCAAGUAGAGCAACUUUUUGCCCACGCAAUCAAAAAGGCAGACGGCAAGGCUGCGCUCUGCUGCUCGUCUAAUCUAUAUCCCGGCCGUCGAGGGCGUCCAGAUCAUGCACCAAAGGACGAUAAGUUGUCAGUACCAAGGAUCGCAUCGGCGUCGCGGUCACGCUCACGCGCACGCGCACGCGCACGCUCACCCAGAGUCCGGAAUAAAGCGCGGAAUACGCAGAAGGCCAACUUCCAAGACGAGAACGGCCUAUUGAGCCCGACGCCACCCUCCCAGCUUAGGACUUACCUGAGUUCUUCAGACACGGAAUCAUGCACCAGUGACACGGAUGCUGAAUCUCGAUAUACCACUGCAAACAAGAAGCUGAGCCGAAAGAAAUCCGGCAAAGUGCGUGGGGUGUCUCCGGACACAGGCUCGAGCCCUGUGCUCUCCAAUGAUCCGUCAUGGGGAUACGCGACUCCCUGGAUGUCAAUGAAGGGCUGA